GUGCAGAAGAGAAAGCUUGAUGAAACACCGGUUACUUGCGGAGAUUUCAUGGGGAAAACUGGACUGUACGCACGCACGCUGGAAAACAGAAUUUGCCACCAUCGUGUGACAAACCGCCUCUUACCACUGAUGGAGAAGGUGGUACGCAAGGGGAACAUGAGGGGUAAAGAAGGGCUUCCUGAAGUUAGCCCCAAGCCCCGCUAUAUCUGGAGGUCGAGUGGAGGAAGGCAAGCGGUGGGAGUGGCCCCACAGCCCCACCGCAGCCCCCGUCGAUCGUGGAGUACAGGAGUAGAAGAGUGGUGCGUGUGGAAAGAGCGCCAAGAGAAUAAGCCCCCAGACCGGGCCUGCAAGCCCUGCCGCCGCGCCAGACGCUGCGUGUGCUUGCAGAGCCUGCACUGGCGCUUGUCCGCGCGGGUGCCUUGUUCGUCUGUCCUUCCCUCCUCGCUGCCAGCAGCCCCUCUCCUCGAGGGAGGGAGGGAGGCAGGGGGUUAGUCAAGCGAAGCAACUGUCUCGACCGACCGUCUCCACGCUUUCGGCAUCAACCUUUUGCCUUCUCCCCUCCUCUCUCGUCUUCGCUCCCUUCUUCUUAUCCAUGGUGAAACCUCCUCCCUCGGAAUUCUCUUCUUCCGUUUUCUCAGAAUCCUCUUCUUCCAUUUCCUAGCCACUCUUCUUCUCGUCUUCUUCUCUUCAUCUUCUUACCUCUGGUGUCUGUCUUUCGGGGUUUCGGUGGGCAAUGAAUUCCAGUGUCUUCACUUCUGCCGUGACGUGCUGAUAGUCGAGCGAGUGCAGGUCCGAUGGACGAUUGAUUGAUUGGCCUUGAUUUGAGAACCAGUUGGUCGACGACGAGAGAAUCCGAGAAGUGACGGAGGUCGGAAUGCCGGCCACUGGGUCGGACUGUUUUACGGAGCUCAGGAGGCCACGGAGGUUAGGGCGGCUUUGAGAAUUGGGAGUAUGUAGGUGGAAUUGGUGGGCGCUUCGUGCGGGAUCGGUGAGCAUGGGUUCUCCUCUGGCUGUGUAGUCGGUAGUUGGAGCGAAUUGAGGCAGCGCCGUCGACGAAGGACGGAUUGGGCGGGCGAUCGGAGGAAGGGCAGGAUGCACGGAGAAGGGUUGACCGUGGCGGUGGCGGUUGUGGAAGGAGUCGCGGGCGUGGCGAAGACCGCCUUGGAAAAGCGUCAUCAUGAUCAUUCUCCGGAUGUCGUCGCUCGCGAGAAGGAGAUUUUGCAGGUCGAAGAUGCUUUGGAGCAGCAGCGACUGGAAAAUCAGCGCCUGCGUGCUCAACUCGAGGAGUAUCAGAAAGCUCUGGACGGGAUGCACUCGCGAAGCAGUCAGGAAACUCCUUCUGAGUUAUACGCGCGACUGAAGAAAAAAGUAGACUCGCCAGAGUUUUUGUCGAAGUUAACGAACUGCAGCGAAGACUCCAAGUCACCAGACGGAAUGGUUGUCAGCGUUGCAGAUGAUCCGAGUUCAUGGCUGAUGGUUACGGAUAACGACUUGACUGACGAGGAGCUUAAAGAGGAGGGGGAUCAGUGUGGACAAGAUGCAUUCGUCGUUGUUACUCAGGAAGAUAUUGUAGAUGGUAUUGCGAGUUUCAUGGCUCGAUACAUCUCUUCCAACCCUCAAACUAAGGCAAGCAAUGUCUCCUCAAGAGCUACAGAAAGCAAUUAGCCAAGCCUUCACAGAUCUGGAGAGGAAGGGGAAGCUGCGGAAGCUAUGGAACUGCGGGAAGUUCGUGUAUUCUGCAGCGUCGUGGGGAGCCACUGCGGCCGAAAUGUUGGGCUUGGUUGCUGCAGGCUGUACAAAAGUCCUGUGAUUGUUCGAGCUGCCAUGAUGGCUGUGUGGGCCUCCUGCCGUGUGAUUAAGCGGCUGCUAGUGUAGUCCUGGACUCCGACAUUACUUUCUACUUGCUGCCUGGGAUUCUUAGAGCAUCGUCACUCAUGUACAGAUAAGAUGAUUGAUUUCAUUAGAGUAGGGAUGCAUUAGUGUUGAGUUUUAGGAGCUUCACUCUGUAACAUGUUGUGAGAGAAGUGCACCCGUAGCUUCAGAAAUAUUGUAAAUAGCGACUCGAACAAAUGGAAGCGUUACCUUUUCAAAUGGUGGAGACAGUAGGUCAUUAUUUAUUGUUUGUACACGCAUCGCCGUAUUCAACCUAGUGGAAAGCUUGGUACCUGGUACAUCAAAGAUCAUUGGAGUUUGAAUGCUUUAUGUCGAGGUUCGAACUCGGGCUCGGAUGCUUUUUACUUACUUGGGUCUGUUGUGAUUUUCCAGCAUUAUGAAUUAAUUCAGG